AUGGAAGACACCACCACUGACGAGCCCAACCGUGCCGCUGAGCUGGUAUCCGAAGCCGCCCCCAAAUUCACCUCUGUCAACAAUGCCUCUGACCUUACCCCUCCCAAGGUCAAGGACGAAGAAGCCCAUGAAGAUACUCCCGCCGCCAUCCCCGUGACGCCGAAGAAACGUGCCAGCGUCUCGAAGAAGAAGGACGACGAGGCGGACGACGAUGACGAGAGCCCCAAGAAGAAGACCAAAGGAACCCCUCGCCAGCGCAAGGCACCGGCCGCUAAGCCUGCCGAAUCAACGGCCAUCGCUACUUCAGUCGAUGAGCUCUCCCAAGCCGACAAGGUCCUGCUGAAGAUGAAGGAGGAAGGCAAACCAUGGGCUGAGAUCAACGACAUGUGGGAGAUGAUCACUGGCAAGAAGCCUGCCAAAUCGACGCUGCCAAACCGCUACGCCCGCCUGAAGGCCAAUAUCGAGGCUGUGAAGGAAGAUGACAAGCCCAAGCUCUUCGAAGCGAAGAAGACGGUUGAAGAGCGCUUUGAGCGGGAGAAGUGGAAUCAGAUCGCUGCUGCCAUGAAGGAGCUGGGCACGGACGAUUACACUGGCGCCUUCCUGCAGAAGCAGUUCAAGAAGCUUCAGGACGCUGGUGCUGCGACUGCCGCUGCUGCCAACACGACUGCAGCUGACGACGAUACCACGCCUGCUCCCGCUGAGUGA